AUGAGUUCGUCAGAAGAAGUUUCUUGGAUUUCAUGGUUCUGUGGUCUUCGUGGUAAUGAAUUUUUUUGUGAAGUUGACGAAGACUAUAUACAGGACAAAUUUAAUUUAACAGGGCUUAAUGAACAAGUACCACAUUAUCGACAGGCACUUGAUAUGAUUCUUGAUCUUGAGCCUGAUGAUGAACUUGAUAAUCAAGAAAAUCCAAAUCAAUCAGAUUUAAUCGAACAAGCUGCCGAAAUGCUUUAUGGUCUUAUACAUGCUCGUUACAUUCUAACGAAUAAUGGUAUAGCACAAAUGCUUGAAAAAUUCCAAAAUGGGGAUUUUGGUUUAUGUCCUCGCAUAUAUUGUGACAAUCAACCAAUGUUACCGAUUGGCUUGUCAGAAGUUCCUGGUGAAGCUAUGGUUAAACUCUAUUGUCCAAAAUGUAUGGAUGUGUAUACACCAAAAAGUUCCCGACAUCAUCAUACUGAUGGAGCAUAUUUUAGUACAGGUUUUCCUCAUAUGCUUUUCAUGGUUCAUCCAGAAUAUCGACCAAAACGACCAACAAAUCAAUUUGUUGCUCGACUUUAUGGCUUUAAAAUUCAUUCAAUGGCAUAUCAAUUGCAAUAUCAAGCAGCCGCUAAUUUUAAACAAUCGAAUCCAAGUUCAGUUGUUCCAAAUACUGCGACUGGUGGUGGUAAUGCUACAACAACAACGACAACAACAACAACUCGUCCACUAAUUAAAGAUUGA